AUGGCCGCCCCAGUCGAGACCACUAUCCAAGCCCAGGCCGGCGCUCCCGCCCCACCAGCUGCCGCCCCCGCUCCCGGCGCCGCGAAGCCCGGCCCCAUCGACAACCGUGACGUCGAGGACUGGAAGAACCGCCUCAACGACUUCCUCGCCAAGCCCGCCGAGGUCAUCAACUCCAAGUCUCCUGAGGGCUCUAAGUCCUGGUUCGCCGGUCUCUUCGACUGCUUCAACCCUAUUGAUUCCUGCCUCAUUACCUGCUGCCUGCCUUGCGUUACCUUCGGAAAGACGCAUCACCGUAUGAGGAAGAACGCCAACCUUGAGGGAUACGAGCCUAUCAAUACCACCUGCCUUCUCCUCGUCGGCUCCUCUUGCGUCGGUCUCUCCCUCAUUCCCCUCGCCAUGCAGCGCGCCGACGUUCGCGCCAAGUACCACCUCGAAGGCAACUGCAUCAGCGAUAUCCUCAUCUCCUGCUGCUGUGGCUGCUGCUCCCUCAUCCAGCAGGAUAAGGAGGCUGCCCACCAGGAGGCCCUCCUUGCCGAGGGUGGUGUGAAGGAGCAGUACCAGACCCAGCAGGGCAUGGCUUACCCCGGCCAGUAA